AAUUUUCACCUAGUCCUUGUCAAUUGGCAUAGUCGAAUCCUAUUGUGCGCUUAAAUGGGCUUAGUGGUUUUAGCUCUAGGGGUGGGAGUGCCCAGAUGCUGUGGUGGGUUUAAAUUUGACAAGCAGAAGGAAGAAGAGGAGGAAGAAGAGGAUGCGAAUUUGCUAGAGCAUCUAUCUAUUUAUCGUCCUGUCAAUGCCCAUGGCAAAAUCAAGAAUCUAUUCUAUUUCAGUACCGCUAGUUUUGCUUCUUUUAUACACCACCUCCAAUACUACUUCUAGUGCGUCUCAAACACAAUCUGCAAGAUUACCCUGCUGAAAAGACGGUGCAGCCGAGCGUUCGUGAGUACGAGUCUUCAGAAGUGUGAUGGAGCCGUCAGAGAAGCGGGGAAUCGAGGAUGGGUUGCUCCAUAAGUUGCCCACCUUCUCAGAGGUAAUGGAGGAGUUGAAGGAGCUGUCAAGCAUAGGGAUGCCGGUGACGGCAAUGAACUUUGUGGUAUACCUACGGGCCAUGGUGUCGGUUCUAUGCAUGGGAAGACUGGGGAGUCUAGAACUGGCGGGAGGAGCACUAGCAAUCGGGUUCACAAACAUCACUGGUUAUUCGGUCCUGUUUGGGCUGGCCUCAGGCAUGGACCCUGUUUGUGGGCAGGCGUACGGAUCGCAGAACUGGUCUCUAAUAGGGCUUUCCCUGCACAGGACCAUCCUAAUGCUCCUGUCGGCGUCCGUGCCCAUAAGCCUGGUGUGGAUAAACUUGGAGAGCAUUAUGCUGCGGCUGAGACAGGACCCGAAGAUCACGGAGGUGGCGAGCGUGUACUGUCUGUUCGCUGUGCCAGACCUGCUUGCCAACAGCAUCCUGCAGCCCCUGCGGGUGUAUCUUCGCUCGCAAGGGAUCACACGCCCCAUGAUGUGGUCCUCUUUUUUCGCGGUUGUCUUCCACGUACCGCUAACCGUACUUCUCGUAUUCGUCUUCAACAUGGGUGUGCCCGGUGUCGCAAUUGCCACCUGGUGUACCAAUUUCAACAUGGUGCUCUUCUUGGUGGCAUAUUUGCUCUACACAGGUGUUCACAAGAGAACCUACGUUCAAUGGUCCUUGGCCUGCCUAAGGGAAUGGUGCCCCUUGCUCAAAUUGGCCCUCCCCAGUUGCUUUGCCGUCUGUUUAGAAUGGUGGUGGUAUGAAAUCAUGACCCUCCUAGCGGGCUACUUGAACAAUCCAGAAGUAACAGUUGCAACCGCCGCCAUUGUAAUCCAGACCACAUCAUUAAUGUACACAGUCCCCAUGGCCCUUGGGUCUUCAGUCUCCACAAGGGUAGGCAACGAGUUAGGAGCCUUUAAACCCUCUAGAGCUAAGCUGGCCACUUUCGUUGCCCUGGGUUGUGCUGUUUUCAUUGCACUGGUAAGCGUGACGUGGACUACGUUUCUGAGAUAUCUGUGGGGACGGGUGUUCACAAAAGAUGCUGGAGUACUAGCCCUUACUGGAUCAGUCUUACCAAUCAUAGGACUCUGUGAGCUCGGUAAUUGCCCACAGACAACCGGUUGUGGGGUCUUGCGAGGUAGUGCUAGGCCUGCAAUCGGUGCAAGAAUCAAUCUUUGGUCAUUUUAUCUCAUCGGCAUGCCCGUUGCAAUCGUUCUAGCCUUCUUUUUCAAGCUCGGUUUGCUGGGCCUCUGUUAUGGGCUUCUAGCCGCUCAAAUUGCCUGCGCCUUCUCAAUUCUAUUGGUCGUUCUGCGUACAGACUGGGCAUCGGAAGCAUGCAAGGCCAGAGAGCUGACUGGCGGGAAAACCGAGCUUGAACUCAGCAAUUCAUCAGAUGAGGAACUCGGGCUUCUGAACGACGCCUCAAAAGAGUUGCAACAAACAAUCAUUAAUAAAGACGGUGGUAUCUAACGUCAUUCAUUUUGUCCUUGUAUUCAGUGUGUUCCCAAUCCCGAUUGGUCACUGCUCACAGCAAAGGGCCUGCAUUCAGAGAUUGUUUGUUUAUUUUUCUUCAACGGGCGUGGAAUCUCUUCGUCAUCGUCAGACGCCCGUCAUCAUAUUCACAGGAGAACGAACUACCCAUUUAUAAAAUCUGUAUAAUUGCUCUCUCAACACACUCAAAUUCUUAUCUAUCUUUCGUUCUUGCAAACAGACUAAAUAAAGUAGUUCAGCUCUAUAUUAUCAAUCAUAGUCAUAUAGAAUUGUAAACUAGUCAAAGUUAAUCUAUAUAAAAUAUAGAUCGAGAGAUAUCUUUCAUAAGAAGCAUAGUACAGUUCUAUAUCAUCAAUCAUAGUCAUAUAGAAUUGUAAAGAGAACAAACAUACUUGUUCAAUGAAAACCUGCAUCAUUCACUGCCAUUUGCAUAUAUUUAUUUCUAUCUAGUUAUCAUUGUUCGUCCAUUUGUAUUCUUCUCCACUGUACCAACAGAAAAAUUGUCAAAAGGUCUACGAUGCUUGUGGAAACAUAUAUUCUGCUAUCCAUGGAUGUUCGGGACACCAAAAAGACAAAUAAGCAUUUUUUCUCUUUUCA